AACUAAAGUAGAGUGAUGACUUUUACCAGGUACUUGGAUAGAAUGGAGAAACAACUCUGUCUAGAAGAUUUUUUACAUUUAUUUUUGGUUAUGUCUUCCAACAAAGCCAUUGAUAGUGAUGACAUCACAAACUUUUGCACCGACAUACCAAGUGCAUUUAAUAUUAUGACCCGGGAGUUUAUGUCCGAUAUACAAGAACUUGCAACAAAAGCCCAGGCCAGUGAUGGUGAAGUUGAUGAAAAUGGUUACACAAUUCUUAUGCAGUAUCUUAUACAAGGAAGAGGGUGGCUCAUACUUAGUACAUUGCACAACCUAGCAGCCCAGGCAUUAUCUUGUAUAAAUGUAGAACUCGGAAACUUGCUAAUUACAUUGCUGCAAGAAACGCUGCGUGUACCACUCAGGCAUAAGGAUCAUGAUGCAUCUUAUUGGGUUCCGCAUGUGAGUUGUUCAUUCCCACAACAGAAGGGAGUUCCUCAAAGACUACUGAGCUCAAUCCAUCAAGGUGGUCAUCCUCGUAAGUACCAACCAAGUAUGUCGACUGGAUGGCAGCAUGGAACCAGAGUUGGGAGACUGCACUCUGAAAAGAAAUACGAUAGCACUGACUCCGAAGGAGAAACAAAACCGAGAAGGAUUAGAUAUGGGCCACUGAGAGAACGACAGAGUUAUUUUCUGCAAUCAUUGAAUCGUCGAAGGAAGAGUAGUGUUGUCAGGACAGCCUAUGAGGUUGAUCCUCAGUCUGCCUUGGUGCUAACAGAAGAGAAUGAUGCAUUUGAUCUAUUUCUGGUUCUUUUGGCUCUACUUGAGAAACUGUGUGCAAAUGAGUUAUUAAGUAAUACAAACAGGACUAGUUUAUCUUUUGUUCUUGUGCCGCAAAUGAUGGAGAUUUUGAGCUUUUUGAAGGAGUUUCAUUUUGAAGAAAGAAAGAGUGUUGAAGCACUAGAACUUGGUAAAGGAUGGGAUGAAGAUGAGAUUCUGCCAACAUUGCAACGAUUGAUUUUGAGAGUGCUGCUUAAGCUCUGCCAUACUGUUGGUUCUAAUUUGGAUGGUGCUACAAGAAUUUCUUCAACAAAAACCUUGACUUCUCUUAUGCAAAUUGCUAAGCAUAUCAUGAAGGUGAUUGAUGGAUCAAAGCCUUUUGAAACCAUUUAUGAAGAUGCAUCAGGUGAUUCUCAAUGCAUGUCGGAUGAUGACUCAGAGAUUUUUACUGAUGCACAACAGCAUUUAUCUAAAACAGACAGCAAAAAUACUUCUAUUACAUUCAAUUUUCUCUACCUGUCUGAAAUUUUGCAAGGAAUCUUAGAGCUUAUAACGUCUUUAUUGCGUAACUCUACCACAAACCACACUGUCAUUACCCAUGUCAAUGUUCUUUUGCAAGAAUUUGAAAGCCAGUCAGGUUUUGAUCUUCUUUCAGAGGUGAUCAAAGAUCUGGAUGGGUGUUUAGUUAUUGGAGUGGAUAAAGAUGGACAGAUUAAAGAAAUGUUGCGAGGCCUGAUCAAGGGUCUGUCUGCCAUGAUCACAGCACUCAAGCGUUCAAAGUUGGAAUACAUGCACAAAAUGCAGUGUCUUAAACGGACUCACAGGCAGUGUGAUUACUCAAAAUAUAUGCAUCACCAUCAUAAUAUAUAUGGCAUGAGCUGUGCUAUUUAUCAAGAGCAACUGCAGCAUGAAAACAAUCUGCAGACAUUAAAAUCGGAUUUUACAACUACAGAAACCCACCAGACACAGCCUCUUUCAUCAAAUUUGAAAUGCUGUGUUUCUCGCGUUACCGAAACUCUUCUCCAACUGUUUAGGCAAUCACAAUACAAGCUUGUUUUAGCUGGAAUUUUAUUUGCUAUAGAGAACUCCGGAAUUUGUUGUUGCAUGACACCAGAACAAAUCAUUUUACCCCUCCUAGAGAAUCUGCCAAAACAGUCGGCACAAUUAAGACCAUAUAUCUUAAGCAUUAUUGGGAAACUUAUCUUAGAACAAUUAGGAGGUAGUGAGAAACAUGAUAACUUUAACCUUGAUAUGUGUGCAGAAUGUCAGGAAAGAAGGAGGAAGGUCUGCUCUUCCAUAUCAGAGCUUAAGAAUCCUGAAGCCUUUGGUUCUUCAGAUAGUGCAAUUAGUAGUGAUGGCAGUCUUCCAGAAGAUGACACAAUAUUUUCUAAAUGGAAUUUUAUUCAUAUGUAUAGACGUUUUCUCACACACAAAGACAAAGCUUUGGGUAUACAGGUGGCCAGACAUUUGUACCAUCUUAUUAAACGUGGAGAUUUUUCGUUAAAGCAAAGUCUUUACAGAAAGGUUUACCUGCCAUGCUUUGAGUUGCAUUCCAAGCAAGGGCAAGAUGUCGUGGAUGACAGUGAACUUAUCAGUGCAGAGGUACUGGAACAUUGUUUCUGUGCGCUGCCACCAUUAUUAACAACGACAUCUGCACAGAGUUUAUUUUUAUACCAAGGUGGACUUAAUCAACUCUUGUAUCUUCUGAAGCUGGAGAACACAAGGCCAUAUGUCCUGCGAGUUUUUGAGGUGUUAAUAUUGUCUGAGCAUGCCGCCCAGCGAGGUGAUGACGAGAGUGGUGCACAGUCGCGGCAGAUUGUUUCUGAAAGAACUGCGCAAGAAGAAAAAUUCUCUCAGUUUACUUCUUCUUUCUCUGAAAGCUUGAGUAUUCAAAGUGUGGAGUCAAAUAAUGUCAUUGAAGCAUUUGUAGAUGUUCUACUUAAUGUUAUACCAAAAGAUGACGAAGUAUUAAAAUCCUUAGAGGAAUUGUUUGAAUCUGAAAAAGGACACACAAGUUCACCCAGCAAUAUUAACAGUAAAUCUAGUUCAUGUUCCAGUAGUAAAACGAUGACACCAAUUCCUGUAAUUGAAAAUGGUUCACCAGGGACCUACUCAGAAAAUGUUGUACUUUGUCGAAGUAAGAGUCGGCUAGAACAGGCUGCAGGUAUUUGGCGAAGUGCCAAGUACCUACUGACACACAGUUCAGGGUUUCAAGAUGAAUUUUUACAGUGCCGUGGUCCGUGGACAUCAAGGUUUCUCUUGCAGGAAUCAUUGACUGCUCUUGUAAAGAUCAGUGAAGAUCUGGACGGCAGUGUCAAUAGUAAUGCUGCUGAGGUGGAUAAUUCAAGAUUCAACAUUAUCUUGGACUUGUUCUGCUCAACUUUAAGUAUCUGUCUUAGUUCAGCCUCCAUCUAUAACAUUAACACAAUGGACUUAUCUUUAACCAGCAUUAUCCAGAGGGUAAAACAAACUCUGGCUGAGUAUGGCAACUUACAUUCAGCCAUUGGGAAGUCUAUAAUUGAGUGUAUCUUAAGCACAUCACUGCUUUUAAAUCUUGACCCAAACCGGUUUCACAACAGUCGGAUAUGCAACUUAUCAAAGCAGAAGGAUCGUAGUGGAACUUUUAACUGGGAGGAUCUUUACGAUGUCAGUGAUUCCACCAGUGAUCAAGGGGAAUCGUGGAUCACAGAAGGUGGCUAUGAAGCUGACAGUGAAAGGGAUCACAAUGACCUUAGUGCAGGUGAUGCCACGAAAUCGAGAGAGGACUACCACCGUUACGGGAGACAGCGUGAGCUCCUCUACCCGCAGGUCUGCCGUAUGGUGCUGGAGUUACUUGCCAAGGAGGAGAAUCCAGAAUGUCAAGAUGUUUUGUGCUUUGCUCUCAACCAGCUAAUUUACAUAGCCAAGGCAUGCGAUUCUAAUCGUAUAAAACUUUAUAUGGAUGGACUUGGAGGUACGAUAAUGAGAUAUUUUACUUGGAUACUGGAGAGAAAGGAUAAGACAAUACAAGUUGUUCAAGACCUGUUGUUGGAACUGUUCGCAGUUCUUGUCCAGCCCUAUAUGUCUGCUGAUGAGUUGCGCCAGUUACUGCAUCUGUUCCAAACAUCCAGCCCUCCUAUUGAUUCUUUGUUGAAUACAUUAUUGGAAGUUACUGGUAGGAUCAGUACUCAGCCGUCACACAUCCUCUGCUUUCCCGUGCAUACCCCACCUCUGGAGGAAACCCCAUCUGCGACAAGUACCCCCAACCCAUCUGCCUACAAACUGCCUGAAGAUCAUUAUCAAUUCCCUAGCCCAGAUCCAUGGAGCCUAGCACCGCUAAGAUUACCACUGCAGAACCAGCUUAACUGGCCCCCGAUUGGUAAAGGUUUUGGCCUGACAAUGUGGAUGCGGGUUGAAGAGAAAGAGGGACGAGAGAAGCCUGCACCGAAGCUCUUGCGAAGCAGACGAUCAUUUAGAUCAGCAACAGGGAAAACUAACAGCAAGGUACAGCCAACCUACAAGCCAACAGUUUACCAUUCAGGUGGAAAUUUUGAAGAAGGUUCAUCCAUACGGAAGAUGCUACUCCUUCAUAUUGUAUCCAUGGGGAAUUCAGAUGGAUUAGUUCAGCUCUGGGUCGAUCCCAAGUCAAGUUCAUUUGUUUUCAGGGCAUCAGAAACUAGGCAGAACCAAUCAAAACAACUAGCAGAGAAAGUGAUUGAGGUGAAAAUUAACCCUAGCCAAUGGCAUCACAUAUCACUGUCAUACGUUGAGAAAUAUGAUGGACUAAAGGUAGCAGGCCAUAUUCUCCUUAUCAUUGAUGGCCAUGACCAAUAUGAGACGCUUUUAAAGUAUGAGGUAUCGUCCCCAGGAAGCCCAAGCCCAGCAAAUACAUGUUGCCUGCUAGGCCACUUGCUCCAGGGGAGUGAAGCCACUCCAGGCCUGUGGCAGAUGGGCAAUGUGCUAAUUUUCAAUGAUUCUCACUUAAUGAACAAGGAGACAUGUUUCCAUCUCUUCACAAUGGGACCGGAUUACUAUACAUUAGCAGCCUGCGAAGGCAGCAAACAACCAGCAAUGUACAACCGUCACAUAUCGGAGGAUGUGCUCAAGUCGGGUAUCAGCCACGACCUUUUAACAGAAGACAGGGAAAUGGAUCUGCGAAAUCUAAGGGAGAGUUUCCUUGCUGCUUUUUCGCCGUGUGAUGGUGAAAUUUUCAGUUGUUAUACUUCAUCGUCCCAGGCAGUUAAGCCUUUCACUAGGAUUUUGUCUGCAGGAGGGUUGAAGCCCGCAUCCAAUGCACUGUUGAAGACACCAGUCCCCAUGGAAGUCAACAGGUUAUGUGCAAUUGAAAGUCAUGUCUACAGAGAUAUGCAGACUGCUGUUCAUGAGUUGGGUGGUACGUCUGUGUUUCUGUACCUGUUUGCCAGAGUUGUAGAAAAAAGCAGUGACAGACAGGUACAAGCCAAAGCCCUCAAGGUGUUGUUUCAACUACUUAAAGGAAGCCAGUCUUUGGCUAGUGAUUUCAGGUCAAUCUCUGGGCCAGCGUUGCUAGGCAAAGUUCUGAUGUCAUCAUCUUGCAUUGUGGGAUUCCAAGUUUUAAAGAUAUUACUAGAUUCAUGUUGCAGUGACAGCAUAUUAACAUACUGUAGCCUGACUAAUCAGUACAAAGUGAACAAAAACAGCCAUGCAGUCAUCAAGUCCAACCAUCUCCUGGUCUACCUCAUCCUAGCCUGGAAGCUGUGGGAAACAUCCGAGGAAGGCGUGUGGGAGACGCUGUACCAUGCCGUGGAGGUGUUGAUACGGGAAGAUCAUAGACACCGAAGCUUUAACAUUGCUCAACUUCAGAGUCUAAACAUAGUGGAUAAGCUCUUGAUGAUUAUCAGAGAGCAACACAAUGAUUCAACCACUGUGUUUCCGGGAGCUGUCUGUUUCUCUAUUGUGAACCUUAUCAAAGCCAUUAUGGGAAGCCCGCCAGAAACGCACCUAAUUGCUGAGGUCUGUGAUUUCCUCUUAGCGGUUCAUCCAGCAAUCCAGACCUUUAUUUGCCAUGCGAAAUCUAGUUAUUAUUUCACAUUACACACAAGUGUCUCACAAGACCUCCAAGCAACCCAUUCCCAGCCUAGCCCUCAUUAUCAUCUGUACAGUGACACUUCCAACUCUCCGGUUACGAGCACGCCGAACAGACCGAAAUUCCAGCUAUCAAGAAGCGUAUCAGAUCCUGACAAUGUUAGUAACCCGUAUCCUGGGUCCAAUUCAGAUGUUCCAGCAACACCUCCGACAGAAACCAAAGAUUCGUUGCCAGACAUGGUUAAGGUUGGUUUGUGCCAGGCCACCAGCCUUGAAGAUGAAGAGAGGAGGACUAAUGGAUUGCAAGUUGAUAUAGAUGUAACAGAUGCGUCCACUGUAGACAAAGAUCAAAUUUUGCAACAAGAUGAAGAAGACUUCUGCAUCAUUCGAUCACCAGAUAGUGUUUCUUUGACCUCUUCGGAGGAUCAGAAUGAUGAAAAAACUACAGCUAAUAAUCGUGCCAACUCGAGUUAUGACACACUUGAUGCAAGUUGCAUGAAGGAGCUCCAGUUGGCUCUGCUGUGCUCUGGUCUUUUAAAGCUUCUCUUCAGUGCCAUUGUAUCGAUGCCUGAUGCCAGUCGCCAGAAGAUCAUUGGCAUCAUCAUCAAACCUGAUCUACUUCUGGUGCUCGCACAUCAUGCUCAUGAUGAUGUCAGAGUUAACAUUGUUAAGCUUCUAGAAGUGUUCUUCCUCCGAGCUGAUGAACCACAACUUGAGGCAUUUCUUAAAAUGCGUGGGUUCAAUCUUUUGGCCAAUCAGCUUCACCAAUACCCAGCUACUCGGGAGUUACUUGAAGCUUGUUUGACGAUUACGUAUGGAAAACCGGUUGAUUUAAGCCAGAGUUACAACCCAAUGGACCUUCAAGACAUUGACCACUUCCAUCAACUGUCGCUCAUCCCGUGUCUUGCAUUACUUGAGAACUGUGUCCAUGAACCCCCUCUUUGCCAUAAUGCACUCUGCUUGCUCUUACACCUCUUUGAAGGUGUGAAUCCCCUUGCUGUCGUAAUGCUUGAGAAUGGAAUUAAUGAAACACUAUGCAAUGUGUUGACAGCACUGUGCACCAAGCCGUUGGCACUAGGAGUUUGCAGCGAUGACUUGAAACUGCUAAUUACCGAUGUCCAGCAUUUUAUGACCUGUAUCAUUAUAAGGGCUUGCAGUCAAAGCAUUCAACAGAAUAUGGACUACUUUGACGACCUUAUGACCUUACUGAGUGGAAUUGAGCAGGAACACUGCUCAAAUUAUGGCGAACAGAGUUAUCCAGUUGAGGUUUUCCACGAAACACAAUGCUACAUUGUGCGUGAGGUUCUUGGCCACAUGCAAGCCACAUCGUGCCAACAGGAAGCGGUGGUCUCCCACUUAUGGAAGUCUAAUUUCAUUAGAAGCAUUAGUUAUUCAGAACGGAAAUAUGAGGAAUCUAAGUGCCGUCAGCGGUCACUUACCAAUAGGAAUGGACACCUUUUUGUAUCAGGCUUCAACACAGCUGAGAUAAAUCCUCGAGAGAACCUCCGCAAGUCCCUUAGCUUCAAGUUGGCUAAAGAUAUGCCUGCAAUGGAGCCUUUGGUGCAGAACAAAGGCAAACCUAAGUCUCAACUUCCACUAACUGAAGACCAAAGAUAUUCAGUGUACCUUGAUACAAUGUUAAGAUUACAGCGUAAUGAAGAGGCCAAAGAUCAAAAGAAGCAUACCAGUCAGCCGGUAGCAUCUGAGCAAGACAUCACCAAACGCUUUCAACAUUUGUGUAAACUUGGCGUUAAUCUUACCAUCAUGAAAGACCCGAAGCUCAUUCUACCAAAGUCUCCAGCUGCCGACACGGUGCUUUGGUCAUCAACAAAAAACCAACUUGACUCCUACCAGGACCUGCUUCUCAAUGAGCUCUACUCGUUACUAGUCAACAGUCUUAUAUCCACUAUGGAACAGAAACGGGGGAAACGUUCACAGUGGGAAAGCGUGUUGUGGUCUUCUCGCGAUACCCUACGGCUACAACUUAGCCGGUUGUUCAUCCACAUGUUGUCACCACAGCAGCCUCUGCAUGCAAGGGUACUCAGCUUGCAGAUUGCUCCCAAGAAACGAGCCAAAGACAUCUUAGAAUAUGUGUUCCAACAUCAGUUCAGUAGCUUUCUACAUCUGUUCUUGUACGAUCUACUAAGUAAGUACGGCUCGUUCUUGAAUCCCGAGGAACAGAAAAAUGCACUCUUAGUACAGAAGAUGAUGAUUGACUUAGGAUUCGAACACAUCCCUCCAGAAACUGAAGACAAAAGUAUACUAGAUGAGGUUCACCAGAAAAUGAUACGAGCUAAGAGUGAAAUUAAGGUUGUCAAGAAAAAAUAUGCUAAACAGAAAUUAACUACAAUGAGAUCAAGAAAAAUUCCUAAACAAGAGAUUAUACUGAAGGAAGUCUAUAACUCUGCUAUGGAUGUUACUCAGAGGAUUUCUUCCUAUCAGCAUACGUUGCGUAAAAAGCUGUAUGAUCACCUGCGUCACAUGAUCACCCAUGCGCUGGACGCACGGACCGGUUGGCAAGACAUCAUCCAACAGCUUGCCCAUGAGAGAGCUGUAUGGUAUACCCCCGAUUGCUACCCAACCUCAUGGCAGCUUGACCCCACCGAAGGUCCCGGUCGUGUUCGAUGCCGUUUGCAGAGGUGCCAUCUUGGAAUUAGCAAGGAGUUUAUCUUGGAGAACUCCCGGAAAAAGUCCAACACACUUCCUGGUUCUCCGCUGGAAUAUCUUUUCCAGGAUGUGAUUCAUUCGUCUGAUGCUGAUGAGCUUAAACGGAAAUUACAGGAAAAUGAACAAAUUAGACAUACGUGUCCAUGCUUGAAUGUAACCCCAGCAUCUGAAACGAAAGGAGAAAUUUUACUUGGACUGAAUACUAUGUACUUUGUUGGAGAUGAACCAAUCAUGGAUCCUAAUAUAACACAAGUUGUCUUAGGAGAUCGUGAAGUAAUGACGUUAUUGUGGCUGUAUGAGGACAUCAAAGAGAUCCUACCGCGCUGGAACCAAUUACGCGACAACGCUAUGGAAGUCUUCCUUGUAAAUGGAAAAACAUUUCUUCUUUCUUUUGAAAGUCAGAAGGAAAGAGACGAGGUUAUUCAGAAGAUUCUGGCCAAGGAUUUACCAAAUCUCAUCGCUGUGGACGAUAUAUCGCUCAUAACCCAAAUAUGGCGCAAUGGCCAGAUCACCAAUUACGAGUACCUUACGCAACUGAAUAAAAUUGCGGGAAGAUCAUUCAACGAUCUUAUGCAAUAUCCCGUAUUUCCGUUCAUCCUUCGUGAUUACUCAAGUGUUGUAAUUGAUCUUGAAUCGCCUAAUGUUUAUCGUGAUUUGUCAAGACCGAUUUCUGUACAAACCGAUGCAAUGGCUUCACGCUUCAUUGAACAAUACAAGUUAUUGGAAGAAGAGUUCUUAAAACAGGAAAGGAAUGAGGUUGAAGGAAAUCUGAUUGGAUCGUUCCAUUAUGGUUCCCAUUACUCCAACAGUGGCACAACCCUGCAGUAUCUGGUUAGAGUUCCACCAUUCACCAAGAUGUUCCUACAAUACCAAGACAACCAUUUUGACAUCCCUGAUCGCACGUUCCACUCCAUUGAGACGGCUUGGCGUCUGUCAUCCUUCCAAUCAGCCUCUGAUGUAAAGGAACUCAUUCCAGAGUUCUUUUUCUUCCCGGAGUUCCUUGUCAACAAAGAAGGAUUUGACUUUGGCCUGCGACAAAAUGGAGAGUUGGUUGAUGAUGUUACUUUACCAAUCUGGUGUCAGGGCAGUCCUCGACUGUUUAUCCUAAUCCACCGCCAAGCGUUGGAGUCCUCGUUUGUGUCACAGACUAUCAAUGGAUGGGUAGACCUUGUCUUUGGAUACAAGCAGAAAGGAGAGAGUGCAAAAGAAGCUAUUAACGUCUUCCAUCCAGCAACCUACUUUGGCAUUGACACAACCAAAAUAGAAGAUCCGUUAAAAAGACGUGCAUUGGAGACAAUGAUCAAGACGUAUGGACAAACACCCAAGCAAUUGUUCCGACAACCUCACCCACAACGAUUUGAGCCAGAGAAGCUGUCUGAAGCAGCAGGCAUUGUGGGCCUAGCACAUAUGGCAACUCGGAAGAUGGGAGGGAAAAACAUCACACCCCCUCCCCCAGAGAACACUCAGAGUCCUCUAAACAGCGUGAAGGGUAUUCGAUGGGGUGGUUAUGUGGGGUCGCCUGCUGUGGCUGAGCCUGUUGUACGCUGGAGUGUGGCUCACCCGAUACCCGCCCAGCAUCUCAUCCCGCUGCCGACAGGGAGUGUGUGUGGAGUAUCGGCCAAUCAGUGCCUGCUUGUUAUGUACAGUAAAGAGAAAGGUGUGAGUGGUGUACAUGCAGUGGACAUCAAGUGGUCAGGAAUUGCUAGCUGGGAACACUCGGAUGGUAUUUUACGUCUCAAGCAUAAGCCCAAGGUGCCUCCAGUCAACUUAAUCCACUCCAACAAAAAUGACAAGAUAACAUGCUGUAGUUCAGUGACGGACUGUCGCCUUCUACUCACUGGCUCGGCCUCUGGAAUCAUCACAGCCUACAACACCAAAUACAAUCCUGACAAGCAAGCUAGCAUUGAGAUUGUCGGUAGUAAGGUUUGUCUGUACGGCCACACUGAUGUUGUAUCUAGCAUUGUAGUUUCUCGUCCGUUCAGCAUUAUGGUGACCACAAGUUUUGACGGAACAUGUAUUGUGUGGGACUUAAACCGUCUUUGUUAUGUGCAAUCUUUGUCAGACCACAGUGGCGCGGUCACUACAUCUGCCAUUAGUAACACCUUGGGUGAUAUAGCUACAGUGGCUGUCCAAGAGUCUGGCUCAUGCAGUCUCCAUCUGUGGAACAUCAAUGGUAAUCCAAUUGGUAGGAUCAUCUGUGAGAUGUCAGUCUUGUGCGUUGCUUUCUCUGAUGCUCCUGAGGGCAUCUCUGUCAACUGUUUAGCUGCAGGCUGCAGCGAUGGAUUGAUAAGACUUUGGAGUACAUGGGAUUUCAGUUUUGUCAGAAGCAUCUCAUCAGCAUCUAGUAAUCCAGUAAUAAGCUUAUGUUAUACGGUGGACAGUCGCUAUUUGUUCUCAUGUGACUCUCAAGGGCAAGUCUCUGUAUGGGGACGUGCGGAUGAAACCAAGAACAAAGUUCCAAAAUUUGAAGCUUUUAUGGGGCCAAUUACGAAGAUCUAACGGCAGUGUGGAACACAGGGAGUGACAUAUCUAUAUUGGGGGAGGGGGGUGUGUAGGUGCAUGCCCCUUUAUUUAAAAACACCUCACAUCACUUUAUUAUUUUUCUAGUAUCUUCGAGUCCCCUAACUUCAUCAACAAAAUGAUUUUAAAUAUUAUGAUGAUGUGUGAUGGUGGUCAGUGGUGGCUACAGACAUUUGCAGAGGGACUAACAAGCCCGAUAGAGGGAGUCCUAAUGAAGAGGCCAGUUAGAGCCUCGAUCAAGGUGCUCAAAUAAAAUCCCUGUUUGGAUUCAUUUGAGAGAUUUUUAUGGUUUAUGGUACAAUAAAAUUUUGUAUUUAGAUCACAAUAUUAUGAAUUGGCAAUCAAAUAACUUUGUUAGGACCAGCAAAUUGAUCUUUUUUAACCCGACGACCUUGUUGUGGCGUCGAACAACUGUUCUUGUCUGACGGGAGAAGUUGCAGCUUGUGCUGUCCGUCCCUGGCGGUUAUUGUUUUGAUGAUAUUAAAAGAGAAAGUGAUCAGGGUUGCAAAGAUAAUGCUGUUUAACAAAGCUGUGACUAAUUAUGUCUUCACAACUUUAUGACUUAUAAUUUGCUGUUGACAAUGACUUAAGGUGUUUAGAAGUACAAUGGUGCUACAUUUGUCAAAGAUCAGUGUUGGCCUAAAUCAGGGGUGGGCAUAGGUAUGAGUUGGAUGUGGGGAGGUGAUAUUUUUAUUUAAACUGAAGGCCGCACCAAAACUGUAACAUUUCCCUAACCGCAAACAGUUUUGAAUAGGAUUUUCACACGCUGCAACAAAAUUCCGACCUUUAAUGUCACUAAAAUUUGGUUAUAAUAGGUUUGUCAUAGUGAUGUACAGUAUAGUAUUCAAUUCAUCCUCUCAAUCUGCUUAAAAUUAUGAUGUCUUGGUGUGAAAGAGAAUGUAAAUAAUCCAGUGGGGUUUUUUUUUUUAUCAGUGUGCGUGUGUAUAAAUAUGUAUCAUAUGAAUACCAGAAAGGAACGAAUAAUGGUAUUUAACCAUUAAAUUUAUUAUAUAUGGAGUUUUUUUUCUGUUAAGCUUUGUAAAUAAAAAGCAUAAAAACUAACAGAAAAUAGUUUAUGUUUAUUGAAUUUGUAAUUAUGUAAUGUUUUCUAAACAGUAACAAUACAUGUAUAAAAUAAGGUGAA